CUCCGGCCGGUUGGUGUUCCAAGCUUUGCAGUAGAAGCAAAGACAAGAAGCUACAAAGAAGGCGCUUAAUUGCACAUGUCUACUUCACCCCCUUGAGAUUCCCGCAUCGAUCCAUCACCCACCCCUGGACCCCGGCCGCGGCCUCUAUAGUAUCAUAUCAUGGAGAUCACUGCCACCGCCGUCGCGGGCCGCGCCGAGAUCGACACCUCCAGGCCGUUCCAGUCGGUCAGGGAAGCCGUCGAGGUGUUCAGCGGCGAGCGCUGCGUCGCGACCGGCGGCAGCUCCCGUGCAAGCAGCAGCACGUCCAGCUCCAAGUUCACCAUGAUGCCCCCUGCUUAUUCUUCUUCUCCCUCGCAGCAGCCGUCCACCACGCUCCUCUGCUGCCUGAAGAAGCUGGAGUCAGACCUUGCGGAGGCCAGGAGCGAGCUGGCGGAGCUCAAGGAGAGGCAGUCGCGGAUGGAGGCCGCCGUGUCCAGCGUCAGCGCGCAGCUCGCCAACGGAGCCUUCUUCUCCGGCGACGGCCGCCUCAAGAAAGGGAAGGAGCUCGCCGUCGUCGUGGCCGGAGCACAGGAGGAAGCCGGCGGCGGCAGCGAUGGCGGCGGCGGGCGGGUCCGCAGCGACCUGUGGGACGAGAGCCGGGCCGAGCAGUGGAUGGCCAGCCUCGAGUACCUGCCCAGCCUCUCCGAGGCGCUGGCCAUCAAGAUGGUCGAGGACGACGUCAGGAAGGUGACGAAGAAGAGCAGCAACAGCAAGGGUGCCAAGGCCAAGAAGAAGCCGCAGCACCAGCACAAGAAGCAGAGGAAGAAUGCGGUGUCGCUGGUCGGAGGCAUCUUCUCCAAGAGGUGCUCCAGGUGAUCGAUAUAUCGGCAUUCGGAAAGGGAUCCUCGCAUUCGUGUAUUCUGCGUGUUUUAUGGUUUGAAGAAACAAUAGGCAGCGUAUGGAAAACGCGGGAAUUUCGCAGGAAAAGAAACAUCCACUAGCUCUCAUUGGAUUUGGGGUUUCCUACGAAAUUCCUGCUACUAAUAUCAUUGCAUUCCAAGUGAGUGUUUUGAGUUUUGAAUUGUUCAUGAUUGCUUUCCGUUGGCAAAUUCAUUUCAGUUUAAUUUCUGCA